CCUCCCCUUCCCCCAACCCGCCGGUUUUGUGUUGUGCUUACCGGGCUAACGGAGCUAGCAACGAGCGGAGGGUCCUCCAUCAGCGGGCGGCGGAGAAGACCGCAGGCGGCCAAAGGGGAAGCCAAGAGCGAGGAGGGACCGAAUAUUGCCAAGCGAAUAGGGGUGCGCUGACACACCGGAACGAGUUCUCUGAAAGGCUGUAAAAUGUCCGACUUUGACAGCAACCCGUUUGCGGACCCGGACUUCAACAAUCCGUUUCAGGAUCCCUCAGUGACACAGGUGACCCGGUCUACUCCUCCCGGUGGUCUGGAAGAAUACAACCCCUUCACAGAUGCCAGAACAGCUGCCCCUGGAAAUGCCCCCAAGUCUGCUCCAGCACCUUCGCAGAACACACAACCUGCCAUAAUGAAACCCACAGAAGAGCCCCCAGCUUACUCGCAGCAACAAACACAGGACCAAGCACGUGCUCAGGCUGACUUGCUGAGAAGGCAGGAGGAGUUGGAGAGGAAAGCAGCCGAGCUCGACCGCAGGGAGAGAGAGCUGCAGUCUCACGGAGGAGCCGGUCGUAAGAACAACUGGCCUCCCAUGCCUGAGAAGUUCCCUGUAGGUCCGUGUUUCUACCACGACAUCGCAGUGGACAUUCCCAUCGAGUUCCAGAAGACGGUGAAGAUCAUGUACAAUCUCUGGAUGUUCCACGCCGGCACGCUCUUUGUGAACAUGUUCGGCUGCUUGGCCUGGUUCUGCGUGGAUCCAACCCACGGUGUCGACUUUGGCCUGGCCAUGUUGUGGUUUCUGCUCUUUACGCCUUGCUCCUUUGUCUGCUGGUACAGACCGCUGUAUGGGGCUUUCAGGAGCGACAGUUCUUUUCGCUUCUUCGUAUUCUUUUUUGUCUAUAUCUGCCAGUUUGGAGUUCACGUGCUACAAACGAUCGGCAUCACCGGUUGGGGCACAUGUGGCUGGAUCACAGCGCUAAUGGGCCUGAACAGCAGCAUCCCGGUGGGCAUCAUCAUGCUGCUCAUCGCCGCACUCUUCACCACACUCUCCGUGGGCUCCCUCAUCAUGUUUAAAAAAGUAACGGACUCUUCCUACGCUGAUGCUCUCUUGGCACAGUGGUUGGGAAUCACUGAUCUAUCGAAUAGUACACGCGCUGUAUCGGACCACCGGUGCCAGCUUCGAGAAGGCUCAGCAGGAGUUCGCCACCGGCGUCAUGUCCAACAAGACGGUCCAGACGGCAGCGGCCAACGCUGCGGCUAACGCUGCAUCCAACGCCGCCCGUGGGGCCUUCAAGCCUCAUCCAUAGACACACGCACAGAAACAGAUGCAAAAAUCUGUCCCUGUUCAAUCACCCCCAAUUUGCUAAUGUCUCCAAAAAAUGUCUUCACUCCAAAUCUAAACUCAUAACAGCUGCCUCUUACCCUGCUUCGUGUGCGUCCCAACCCCGAGUGAGUCACGCUUUGUCCUAGUCAUCUCUGUCAGUGGGAUUUACAACCCCACACAAAAUAACCCCCUGUUCACCUUCUGAUUGACUGGACGGGUCAGUAGCUCCGCAGCGAGAUUGAUUGACGGCAUGAUGUGUGCAUGUUCAAGCACACUCAACAAGGUAGCUAAUUCAUUAGCGUUGUGUCUGCUGGAAAUGUGACCUGCAUGUCCAAUGGCUGUUUGACAGACGCCUGGUAAAAGGGAGGACGACUCAAAAGACGUCUGUGAGCGUGUGUGACAUCAUUUGUCUUUGUAGCCUGUCACACGUUGAAAAAAAAAUAAUAAUCUAAAGCUGCUAUCAAUCUGGAUGUGGCCUCUUGCUGUUUUCGAGUUCCUUCUCAUGAAGGGAAUUCGCACGAGACUCAGCAAACAUGCUGACAUAAAUGGAUUUUUUGGGGGUAUGAGUCAUGUGACCUGUUUUAAAAACAGAAUAAUUGGUAUGUUUAAAAAAAAAAAAUAAUGUAUCCCAGUGUUAAAUGAUUGCAUGUGGCUGACUGGUGCACAUUACCCCGCAUACAGCGAUGAUCAUGUUCGUUUGGCAACCUUUGUUAAGCCAAGGCACAUUUUUGUUUUGAAAACACACUGCACACCACUGAACAAAAAUCUCACGAAAAGCAUACACUGAAGUAUGGACGAUCCCACAAGUUCUUCCAUCUAGUGGAAGAGCAUUUAAUUGUUCUGCCUGUCACUGGCAUAGAUAGUUAAACAAAGAUGCAUUAUUUGCAGGAAAUAAAUUGUAAUUUGCAGUAAUCCUGUGGCCAUUUGUGUCAGAAUCACUGUGUUUAAAAGCUGUACAGACUACUGUCACCAACUGGAUUUGUGUUGUACUUCUGCAGCCCUUGUUAUGGGGGGGUGCAUGCCACACGGCAAAUGACCGAAAUUGUUGUUGUUACAAAUGUUGGACUGAAUCUCAACCAUAGUACUGGAAGGCUAAUAGCGACAUGAAUAUGCCAACACUAACCAUAGUAUUUCUUUUAUUUGGAGUUUUGUUUGAAAUUUGAUAGUCGUUAGUUGUUCUUAUUUAUAGCAUAAUUUGGUUUUACAUGUAUUAUGUGUUACGUGCAUCAAAAGGGGUGCUUGUUUUGAAGGUAUGACUGAAUACAUAAGACAAAUCCCGCAAGUGUUAUUCUACUGUAUGUCCUCAAAAGCUGUGAGAAAUCUACCAAAUGUUCAUUGAGAUUUUUCUUUUCUUUUUAAAUCUCAGUUUGUGAUGUGCUCUUUUGCCAUACUUAACGACAUUGAAAGUCGUAUUGUGCAAGCCAGUCUAUAUUACAGAAUGUGUUUAAACAACAACAAAAUGACGUGUUUUAGACCAUGUUACUUCACUGAAUUAAGAGAAUAAACUAAUUUAAGAGGAAUACCGUACUUGUACAUUCUGUAAAGUUGAUCAUUUGAUGCCCCCUUUAGGAAUCGUGUGUAAAAAGAACAUUUAAUGCACUCUUGUCUGGCCUUUGUCGCAUGUGAAAUAGUUUUCAGUUUUGUAUAUUUAUGGUAUUAACAUGGAAUAAAGAUUUGAAAGAUA